AAUCACUAAUAUUUAAAGUAUGCUCUGCCAUAUAUUUUAUCAGUAACUGCGGAAAAACAAAGAAAAAACGGUGAAAACACAUUCCACAGAAACGAGUUUCCCUAUCAGUUUACAUUCUUUUUUUCGACGACCAGUUGGUGGCGAUAGCGAAAUCUCAAACCAUCAACCGUAGAAGAAGAGCGAGUUGCAGGUGUGUAGUCUAGGAAGUAUAGCUAUGCACUGUAGCGAAUCAUCUAGAAUAUUAUGUUAAAAACAUAAAUUACACCAUUUUUAAGGGAUGCCGAACUGAAAAACGCUUUCCUAAAAGGUCGUUGUUUUUUCCUCGAAGAAGCGGCCGCCAUUGCUGUUGCCAUGGGGACGACGAUGAGCGAGCCUUGCAUUUACGACAAACUGUCCGAGAGCAUCGACAUCCUCCGUCAGUCGGGCUACCGCUACGGGAUGUCAGAGAGGGAGAUCGAGUGCUUCAUCAAACGGAUGCUGGAGACCAAUGAGCCCAGGAGAGAUCCGCCUCAGUUCCCUGUUCUCAGGGCCACCGCCAAGUUUGUGGUGGUAGUGGGAUUCCUGUUGGUGGUGGUCUUGGCCUUCUCGUAUCCGCAGAGUUCCGCGCAGUUGGGUCUGGUCCAUUUGGGGUCCUAUAACUGGUCGUCACCUCUCAGUCACGUACGCCUGCUGUCGCUGCCCAUUGCCAAGAAGUACAACUUGCUAGGUUUCCAUGAAUGGUGGAGUGCCGGUUCCGUCAGACAGAACUUGGUCAACUGUUCUGGCUGUGCAGACAUCUCAUCAGUGCUGGAGAUCCCAGAGAGCCUCAGCGGGACUGUGACCUUGCGUCGGGGGCCUCAACUUGUCCUGUUGAAGGGUGGCGAGUCCCUCAGCAUUGAGAGGCUCCAGCUGGAGGAGCUUUACCUGGCCCAUUCGGGUUCCAUGUCGGUUUUGCUUGAAGAUGACGACGGCGUGCAGAAUCUGAACGCUGGCCUCCCGCAAGGACCCGCUAACUUCACCUUGCUUUGGAGGUUUCGCUCUGCGACCAGAGAGAAGGUGCUGAGGUGGCUCUUUCCCAAAGCGGAGCUCUGCCCCCUGCUGGACAGUGCCGGGACCAUCUUGCAGCGCUGCAUGGUCACCCACAGCAUCAACUCCCAGAGCAAAGGUGUGGGGGUCUUGGGCUGGUUGGUGGUAGGCGAGGGGCUCCCGACGGUUCGAGUUGUUCCUGUUCAACGCUGUCAAAAAUACUGCAGUUCCUUCAACUUAUGGCUCAACCCGGGAGACAUAGUGUACGCCGACCCUCGCUACUGGCAGAUGGAGCUAUUCCCCGGCCGAGGCCAGAACAUUGUGUGCGACGGGUCAGCAUUUUAACCCCACAAAAGGUUUGACGCCGAUUGUCCCGACUUCCUGCUGAAGCUCGGCGGUGCGUAUCUGAAGAGGCUCCGCCCCCACAGAUGCCUUAUGACCCCCCCCCCCUCAGAACUGGAGACUGCUGCGCAAAUGUGUGACUUUGGUGUGCUGAUUUGAAGCACGCCAAGGUUGCGAAAAGGCAGAAGAAACUCGGUGUGCCAUAAAUGAACUUUUUCUUUUUUCAAAUAAGUGAACAUUUGUGAAGACGAUAGGUCCGCCUUCAUCUUUCAGGACCCGUGUAGUGAUUUCCUUUCAAUUUGCACAAAAGAUAAAGCUGCUUCUCUUGUUUCCCUAUUAUUUAUUGAUAUUGCUGGAUGUAUGUGGCACACAGUAUGGUUAAGCUGUUUCUUUGAACAAAAUCUUGAAAUGUUGUUAUGCUUUUCAUCAAUGCAGAAAAUUUAUGGGACCAAAAAACAUGUAUGAAGUGAAUAAAUCACAAUUAUGAAUCAGCCUUUAAAAAACCUGUAUGUACUUUUAGAGCAACGUUGAAUAGCUGAGUCGAGAAAAAUCACUUAAGUGAAUUGAAGAGGACAAUUCAAAUGGAGUGAUGUCCAUUGACAAGUGUUACAGUAAACCUCGGAUAUAUCGGACUCGGAUAUAUCGGAAAUUCGCUCACAACGGACAGAUAAAAAAGAACCGAUUUUUCUGUAAUGCAUUUCCAAUAAAAAUUCAUUGCAUAUAUCGGAUUUUUUAUAACGGAUUUCGCCUAUUUCGGACAAAAUCUCCAGUCCCGUUCCAAUGCAUUUCCAUUAAAUUUCCCUCGCAUAUAUCGGAUGGCCGCAUAGUGGCGCUCCGAUUCGCCGAAUCGUGACAGGCCCCUAUACGACGUCAUUUGCAGCGUUUGCAGCGUUGCCUGCGCGUCCAGGUACAUUGGAAACAUAGUCAAGGAAGUGCCUUUUUAUAACGGAUAAAAUCCGAUUUACCCAUAUACCGGAUAUAAAUCCGAUAUAUGCGUAAAACGGACAUUUUCCGGUAUACGCAUAUAACGGAUUUCGCUUAUAUCGGACAAAACCAGUGGGAACAAUUGAAUCCGAUAUAUCCGAGGUUUACUGUAUGUUAGUUUGUUUGGAUGUUUUUUUUCCAUAACAAUCAGCACGUCUCCAUAAUAGUUAUAUU